AUGCGUCAAAAGAGAGCUAAAUCGUAUAGGAAGCAGCUGCUUGUCUACAAUCACACGUUUAGGUUCAGAGAACCUUACCAAGUUAUUUUGGAUGAUGAGAUUGUUUUGCAAGCUACAGAAUCCAAAUUUGAUCUGUAUAAAGCACUACAACGUACGGUGCAAGCUGAGGUGAAACUGAUGAUUACACAAUGCUGUAUGCAAGCACUCUAUGCUACCAACAAUCGACAAGCCAUUGACAUGGCGAAAAGGUAUGAGAGACGGCGUUGUAACCAUCCUCCAAAAGAUCCAAAAUCACCUUUUGAAUGCAUUGAAAGUGUGGUCGACAUCAAGGGGGAAAACAAGCAUAGAUACAUUGUGGCGUGUCAAAAUAUUGAUUUAAGAAGAAAGCUUAGACGUGUUCCAGGUGUACCUUUAAUACACGUUUCUAGAGCAGUAAUGAUCAUGGAACCAUUAAGUGACGCAAGUGCAAGAAUUAGUAAAAGAAUGGAACAGCAGAAAUUGUUCAGCGGUUUGAAUGAUGCUAAAGCUGCUGGUAUUAAAGCUGCCGAAACAGAAAAGGUGGAAGACAAAGGAAAGGAAGCUCCAGAAGCAAAACCCAAGAAGAGAAAAUUGGGUCCAAAACAACCAAACCCAUUAAGCAUGAAAAAAAAGAAAAAGGAUGGAAACAGUGAGCAGAAGAAUGUUGGAACCAAGAAAGACAAUGAGGAUGACUCCACAGACAAGAAGAAGAGGAAAAGAAGACAUAAAGCAAAAAAGGAACCUUCUGAUAGCCACGGGGAAAGUCAAAAACAGGAUGAGAGUGAUGCAUAG